AUGUCCUCUUCAGAUCUCGAGAACUUGAUAUCUAUGGGGUUUGAGAAGCCUCGCGCUGAACUUGCUUUGAGAAAGUCUUCUGGAAUACAAGGAGCUAUCGACUGGCUAGAAAAGAAUCAGGAUACUUCGACAGAUGCUCUGUUGAGCUUAGAGGACGCAAGCACAGCCGAAGACCAGGAUUUUGGGACCACUCCGCUGAAUCCUGGAGAAGAAGCAAAAUCUCUUCUGUGUAAAGAUUGCGGUCGCAAGCUUCGCAGCGUUCAGGCGGCAGAGUUCCAUGCAGAGAAGACACAGCAUACCAACUUUGAAGAAUCGACAGAGGAAGUUACUCCCUUGACAGAGAAGGAGAAGAAGGAGAAACUGGAAGAGCUUCGCCAGAAGUUGGCCGCGAAACGCGCAGGAGUAUUCGAUCAGGACAAGGCCGACAAGAAGCGAAACGAAGAUAUUCGACGCAAGACCACCAAAGACAGUCAGGACAUAAAGGAGGAAUUGAGAAAGAAAGAACUCUUAAAGGAUGGUACGUGA